AUGUCCUAUUGUCUUCGUCGUUUGAUUUUUGAAUCUGUUCGUUAUUCAGAAGUUAUGAGCUCUCCUCCACCACCUAGUAUUGAGCAAAUUGAGAAAUUGGAGAAAGAUAAGUUCCCAAUUCCUUCUUGGGCAGUAAAACCACCUCCAGGAUCCCAUUUAGAUGUAUUGAAAAAUGAUCAGCUGAUUCAAAAGCUCAUGAUUGAUGAAAGGAAGGCCUAUUACUUUGGUCGCAAUCCCAAAAUGGUAGACUUUGCAGUUGAACAUGCGUCAUGCUCAAGAGUUCAUGCUCUUCUUCUAUAUCAUGGAGUUUUGAAUAGAUUCGCGAUUGUUGAUAUGGGAAGUAGCCAUGGAACAUUCUUUGGGAAAUUCCGCUUAGAACCAUUGCAAGUAGUUUUUGUGGAUAUCGGAACAACUAUACAGUUUGGAGCUUCUACAAGAAGAUAUACCCUCAGAGUUCGGGUUGAGAAUAGCAAGGAUGGUGAGGAUGAAGAGAAAGAAAAAUUACCCAAUGAUAAGGAGUUGGAGGAUCUCACUGAAUAUAAUACGGCUAUUAAUAGAAGAAUACCACAAUUACCUAUUUCGGAAGAGGAGGCUCGACGAAAAAAGCGGCGUCGCGGCAAUGUUUCUUUCAUAGAGGAAGAAGACGUCAUUAAUCCAGAGGAUGUUGAUCCUUCCGUUGGUCGUUUCCGCAAUCUUGUCUCCACUGCUGUUAUUUCUAAUAAUCCCGGGAAACGCAUAGCUGUACCUGUCAAUCGGGGUAGUGAACCUCAGAGAAAGAUUAUUCGACCUGGUCGAGAUUUCACUUUCACUUCAUCUAAAAGUUCUAGUCUCAGUGGAAUAUCCCUGAAUGCUGCGCCUGAUUUAGAGUUAUAUUGCCAGUCUCUCCCAAAACCAGGAGUACAUUCAAUUGGUCCUGUUCCCAGCGCAGCUGGUGCAGAAGACGACGAACCUCAUAAGAAAAAAUAUGCAAAAGAAGCCUGGCCAGGACGUAAGCCCUUGGCUGGUGGAGUUCUGUGA